CAGGUCCGUUUGUUUACAUUGUUUACACCGCAGUGAGGAUAUCACUGCAGGCAACAGACGGCGAUCGAGGGGUUUUCUUUUCCGUUUGAGAGAUUAUUUGACCUAUCCUGGUCUUUCUGGACUCCAAUCCACUGGCAUACAGCAUCACGCCGAUUAUCUGCGCUGGAAAGUCGCUUCCGGCGGUCACAACCUUAGUAGUAACAAUGGUUACUUCAAAUGCCCCCUUCAAGCCAUCGCCUUUGUCGUUUGGCUCGCCGAGAGCCUCACCGUUUCGCCGCCCCUCAACCCCAAACUCUCCGCCUUCCAUUCGACCCGGGACCCCUGGUAGCUCGCCCGGUCGAGGAUACACUCCGGUUGUAUCGCCAAGCAAACUCCAUCAGUCAUACACCGUGGAGGAUGAGGACUCGAGCUCUAGAAGCACCGAGCCAAUCGCUCAGCCAAAGUUCCGAGAGAUGCCUCCGUCUCCAACAAAGGGCGCCGAUAGUCCGAGCAGUCGAUCUCCCAUGAUGGGAAAUAGAUCCACCCCCAUGAUGGCGGCAGGGUCUGGAGACGCGGUUGGCAACCUGAAUGCAGCGCAACUCAGAGAGAUCCGCGAGGCAUUCCAGGUACUGGAUAGGGACAAUGACGGGACAAUCACCCGGGACGACGUCACAGAUGUGCUUGCGAAUUUAGGUCAAGACACCGCCGCGAUCAGCCAGUUUUUUCCUGGAACUGGGCAGACGAUGAAUUUCCCAACCUUUUUGAACACCCUCUCCUCGCUCAUGGGAUCAUUGUCCUCCUCGCAAGAGCUCCUCAAUGCCUUGUCAGCGUUCGACGACGAUGACAGCGGCCAGGUGGAUGUGGCGGAGCUGCGAGACGCUCUGCUCCACACCGCACCUGAGGAAGGCGAGGAGCCCCUGACCGAACGGGAAAUUGAUGAUGUGCUUGCUGGAUUCACCGGCCGUCGGGCCUUUGGCAAGACCACAAAGGGCAGUGGGCUUAGUGGGAAGCGGGGGGAGGUGUUCAGGUACCAGGAGUUCGUCGCCAGCGUGGUCGGGGGCAUGGAAAACGGCAACACAAACCCGAAACGGGAGACCGGCGCUGCAAAGAGUUGAUGACGUACCUACUGCUUGACGAUCCCAAGACUCCGUAAUGUGUUUGAUACUGGUCAUGGCGUUUGAGGUUUAUUUAUUCUAUUUUUUUGCCGAGUCAUGAUGUUUUGCCGGGGCAGCUCUGGAAGCUAGGCCGAUCAAGGGUACACAAGAACAAACAAAUAUACAAAGUAAAUACCCCGUAUCGAUCGACGCAGAUCUCCAACAGGUCU